AUGUUUUCGACUGUUGUUCUUUCCUCUCUUGCCAUCCUGGCCAAAGCCAGUCCCAUCAACACCACCAAAUCUACCGUCGACAUCGCCUGGACCGGCACCAUCCCCGGCCACGGCGAAGUCUCUCUCUACGGCAACGCCAACUCCGUCGAGGACCAGAUCUUGGCCAUCAAGCCGUCCCUCAAGGACAACUUGGUCGUCAUGAACCCCUUCAUGUCCAAGGCCCCUCAAGCCUUCAAUGAAACCUCCAUGACCGUCUCCAACUUCUCCUACAUGGACAAGACUCCCACCGACGGAAACAUCGUGGCUGGCAUGCAGCCAGCCCUUGCCGCCCGUACCUAUCCCAUUGACAAUUCUCAGAACCUUGACGAUGGAUACACUGAAACCCACUGGAACUGUGGCAACUUCGCCACCGGUGACUACAACGAAGGCUUCGGUGCCAUCGCCGCUGUCAACGCUCCUGGUGGUGUCACUGGCGGAUACUGGACUGUUCCCGGCGCCGAGGGUGAUGGCACUGCCACCUGUCGGCGUCUUGGCUGCUCACGCGCCAGCUACACACACACAGCAGUCUACUGGUGCAACGACCAGCCCUUCGACGUCACUGCCCCAGCCAACGUCCUCGCGGCUCUCGCUGGCAUGAUUGCCAUGGGCUACAAUGAGUUUGGCUGGCACGGUUGUUGCCUCACCAGCCAGACCCGAGGUACUAACCACCAGUACUCGGGCCAGGUUUUCCCUGGUAACGGCACCAACAUCGUCGUGGGCUGGGGCGACUGCUCCAACGACGACUACGAUGUGCUCCCCAGCACGUAUGCCCUUCCUGGACCAUACGGCGUCUGCAUCUAA